AUGGUUGCAACUGCCGCUACAUUCUUCAAUCCACAAUUUCUUCACUCGCAUGGUAGGAUUAAGAUAUGGACACUCAGCAGGGAUAGUUGUUUCAGUGGAAAUGUGAAGUUUGAGUUCCCUAUUCACAGAUCAGAAUUUCAUCGUCAGGUUCAUUUGUCACAUCUUGCACCGAUAUAUGCAACUUUUAAGGAGCCAAAGGGGUUUGGACCUUCCCAAAAGAAAAGGAAGAAGAGCAAGAAGUUGAAAAGGGACUAUGUAGAAGAUGAAGAGGAUAAUGAUGACGAUGAAGAGGAAGAACCAGACAGGGGAAUUAUUCCCGAGGUAGUUACCAACAGGAUGAUGAACAGGAUGGCAGUCUCAGUGGGGAUUCCACUAGGUAUUGGGCUUUUGUUUUUCCCAUUGUUCUACUAUCUUAAGGUUGGGUUGAGGAUUGAUGUACCCUCCUGGGUGCCAUUCAUUGUGUCCUUCUUUUUCUUUGGGUCUGCUCUGUUGGGAGUGAGUUAUGGGAUUGUGUCCUCCAGUUGGGACCCACUAAGGGAAGGUUCCUUUUGGGGUUGGAAUGAGGCCCAGAAGAAUUGGCCUGUUUUUUGGCAGUCCCUUAGAGGUGGAUCUAGGAAGAAUUAG